CUAAUGUUGACAAGUAGAGAAGGUUUCACUUUUAUUCUCCAAAAAAAUAUGCAUUAAUUUUGACCGGAAAAUAUAAUUUUGGUACAAAUAGAUAUACCAAGGAUAUUACUAUCGAGUGUUCACAGGAUUUUAGCAUUUAAAUGUCGACCAGCACAAGAACUGUUGGUUUUGUUAAUUCUCCUAUUACCAAGACGCUUUUAUUACUGAAUGGUUCUGCAUCACUGGUGAAUAUCCUGCUUGGUUCAUCGGCAACAAAAAAGAUAAUUUCUGGUUACCACUGGCUGCAAGUUGUAACUCACACCAAGUUAUUGCAGGGGCUUAGUUCAACUAUAUAUUUUUCAAGCGCAAGGGAUCUUCUAUGUGGAUCUAUCCUAUUGUAUGCUUUUCGCAUUUUUGAAAGACGUCAAGGUUCUGGAAAAUAUGCAUCAUAUGUUUUUGCAAGUACAGUUAUUGCUGCAGGAUUACAGUUGAUUACAGUGUAUGGAUUGAAGCAUUAUGGAUACCAGCUAGAGCCACUACCCUCUGGAUUAUAUGGAAUGAUAUUUGCAACUCUUGUUAGGUAUUUCUUUGAAAUCCCUUCAAUAGAUGCCGUAAUGGUUAUAGGUAUUCCUAUCUCAGGGAAGGUUCUAAACUACUCCGUAGCUCUACAGAUGCUUUUGGGCAGCAGGGAAUCUUUUAUUGCAGGAGUCUGUGGAAUGGCUGCGGGGCUUAUUUACAAGAGUAACUUAGCCUAUGUUCAAUCAUGGCUUAAACUACCAGGAUUCAUUGUAAGGCUGUUCUCCAGAGUGUUUGGUAGUCUGUUUCAAAGUACUCCUGAAGAAUCCCCUUAUCCCUUCCCCUUGGGGGCAACAGUAGAAAUACAAGAACAGCAACAGAUGGAAUGGUAUGAACAACAGAUGAUACAAAGAGCAGUAGCAUCGAAUGCUGCACACCAAAGGACAAGGUCAAGAGCAGGCCAGGGAUAUGCUGAAGUAAUGGUUCCACCAGCAAAUGGGUUAAGAGACUGGUUAUUGGCCCCACCUCGAAACCACGCUGAAGGAUCACCACUUGAUCAUCAUGACGACAAUGCUAAUCAACAGCAGCAACCAAUGGAAGAGAUUUCUGAAGAUCAGGUGCGUAGCCUGGUUGAAAUGGGUUUUGCAAGACAAGAUGUUCUCCACGCCCUCAGUGUAACCAACAAUGAUAUAAAUAAUGCAACAUCAGUAUUGCUAUCCAAUUCUACUCAAUUUUAACCCUGCAGUCAAUCAGCAAUAAUUAUUCAGAAGUACUCUACUAUGUAUGCCAGUGGAUGUGUUAACUGUACACUGACAAUUCAAUCAGUCCAGAGGUUGUUUCAGGUGUUCAUCUGUGUUAGCCAUGCCCUGACUUAAUUGCUUGGCCCAGAGGUUAUUUGAAGAUUCCAUCUGUGUUAACCAUGUUCUGACUCAGACCGGAGGUUGUUUUUUCCGGCUUCUAUCUGUGAGUUAGCCCUAACCUUGACUUUGAGCAGCCCAGAGGUUGUUUCUGGCUUCUAUCUGUGAGUUAGCCCUAACCCUGACUU